CCGGCUGCAGGCAGGGCCCCGGUCGGGGUGACCCGCCGGGGCUGCGCGGCCACUCCCGGCCCGCCGGCUCCGGGCCCCGGGUCGCGCGCGUCCGCGCCGCCGAGCCCCGCGGCUCCUUCCGGCGCGCCGCCCUUUGACCCCGGAAGUGGCCCUGGAGGAAGCGGCUGGUGAUGCUGGAACAAACAUGGCGGCCUGGGCGCCCGUCGGGCCCUCGGGCUCCCGCCGCUGCCGGCCGGCCGCCGGCCCCCCGCUGCUCCCGCUGCUGGCGCUGCUGCAGCUCCUGGCCGAGCCGGGCCUGGGCCGCGUCCACCACCUGGUGCUGCAGGACGACGUGAGGCACAAGGUGCAUCUGAACACCUUCGGCUUCUUCAAGGAGGGCAGCAUGGUGGUCAACGUCAGCAGCAUCAGGGUGAGCGGCCCCGGAGCCACAGCCACGUCGGACUCUGAGGAGGUGGGAUUCAGCCUGGACCGCACGAAGAACGACGGCUUCUCCUCGUACCUGGAUGAAGACAUCUGCCCCCUGCGGAAGGCGAUGAUCUCGGACACCCGCCUGAUCCUGGACUUCCCCAGAAGCGUAGUGACGGUGAAAUCCCCAAGAGCCGAGAACCUGUUGCCCAAGGUCGUCGUGAGUAGGGACGCGAGGGUGCUGGGCCGGAGCCAGGGGCCCGCCGCGGGCAACCAGACCGACGGGGUGCCAGGCAGUAAGGAGUCGAAACGAAGCACGGAGGACACGGAGGCCGUGGACGAGUUUCCUGUCUUCAGCAGUGCCGGGGCGCUGUCGUUCCAGUUUUACUUCAACGUCACCGACGACGCCCAGGAAGGCCUGUACAGCCUUUAUUUCCACAACUGCAUCGGGAGCGCGAAGCCGGGCGGCAGGAAGCUCUCCUUCAGUCUGGACAUCAACAUCAGAGAGAAGAACCCUGACAGCUUCCUGUCCGCCGGCGAGAUCCCGCUCCCGAAGCUGUACGUCUCCAUGGCCCUCUUCUUCCUCCUCUCCGGGGCCGUCUGGGUCCACAUCCUCCGCAAGCGGCGGAACGAGGUGUUCAAGAUCCACUGGCUGAUGGCGGCCCUGCCCUUCACCAAGUCUCUCUCCCUGGUGUUCCACGCGAUCGACUACCACUACAUCUCCUGCCAGGGCUUCCCCAUCGAGGGCUGGGCCGUCGUCUACUACAUCACGCACCUCCUCAAGGGGGCGCUGCUCUUCAUCACCAUCGCGCUCAUCGGCACGGGCUGGGCCUUCAUCAAGCACAUCCUCUCCGACAAGGACAAGAAGAUCUUCAUGAUCGUCAUCCCGCUGCAGGUGCUGGCCAACGUGGCCUACAUCAUCAUCGAGUCCACGGAGGAGGGCACGACGGAGUACGGGCUGUGGAAGGACUCGCUCUUCCUGGUGGACCUGCUGUGCUGCGGGGCCAUCCUCUUCCCGGUGGUCUGGUCCAUCAGACACUUACAAGAAGCGUCAGCCACCGACGGGAAAGCUGCCAUCAACCUCGCCAAGCUGAAGCUCUUCCGGCAUUACUACGUCCUGAUCGUGUGCUACAUCUACUUCACCAGGAUCAUCGCCUUCCUGCUGCGGCUGGCCGUGCCCUUCCAGUGGAAAUGGCUCUACCAGCUCCUGGACGAGACGGCCACGCUGGUGUUCUUCGUCCUGACGGGGUACAAGUUCCGGCCCGCUUCCGACAACCCCUACCUCCAGCUCUCUCAGGAAGACGAUGACCUGGAGAUGGACUCGGUGGUGACGACGUCGGGCGUGAUGGAGAGCAUGAAGAAGGUGCGGAAGGUGACCAACGGUGCCCUGGAGCCUCAGGGAGACUGGGAGGGCUCGGCGUGAGCCCGCUGGACUCGCCCGCCAGUGCUCCCGCCUGCCAGCCCCAGGCCCUGCCACGGACCUUUGCGGAGACGAGGCUGGACUCGGCAGGGUGCGGGCGCGGGGCGGAUAAAGGAAGGCUUUGUCUGUAACUUAUACUCCUCGUACUUUCCUUGGGGACCCUCAGGCUGCCGCUGCGGCCCGUCCCCGAGCCUGGAGUGGAGGGGGGGGCGGAGGGCGGUUGGCGCUGACGCUGGGGACAGGCCAGUUUGGGGCCUGGUGCCGCCCGCUCAGGGGGGCUGCCUCGAAGGAGCUUUGGGUCUUUCAGCAAGAAAAUCGCCCCCUGGCCCGGCCCCGAGCCCAGAGCUGCCGGGGGCUUGGACGGUGCCCCCAGCCGGGCUGUCUGGGGGCCGCUGUGGGGGAGAAGGGUCCUAGGGAGCAGCUGCUUCAGCCCCGCAGGGCAGGCGUUGGCGCCAGGGCGGGGCGCCCCGAGACGCCGGGUUGUAGCGGUGCCUCCCGUGUGGCGCUGGCCUCGGGGCGCGGGGACUCUCCCGUGUCCGUGCGGGCUGGGGGCCGCGGCCAGCUGUGAGAGCCCCUGCACUGGCAGUGGGGGCCUGGGGGCAGGGCCUGGACAGGCCUGUCGGGAGCCGGAGCCUGGGGGUCCGCGGAGCUGUUGAAGUGCUUUGGUUUAGGCUCCCUCGGGCUCUGCCCGGGCACCCCCUGGCAUUGCGGACUCGGCCUACAGGGACCCGCUGGCCCCGUGGGGUGUCUGGGCCUGUCCCCUGGAGCCCCAAUCCCGGGGGCCCUCCCGGCCCCUCUGGCUCACCCCACGCCGAGUGGCCCUAGCAGGGCCCUCUGUGGUCAGGCAGCCGGCGGGCUCCAGUCACUCCCGGCCCCUCGCCCCUCCCCCCUCCCUUCCUCACCCAGCCCAUGCGGGGGCCCUGGGUCCCCGUGCCCUGGUUCCCUGUGUCCUGGGUCCCUGUGCUCUGGGUCCCUGUGCGCUGCCCGUCGGGGCCUGCCCGUGUCGGGAGCGGAGGCGCCGGGUGGGGCCCUGCGUGUUGGUGCCACCCACGGCGACCCGCUUCCCUUGGGGAACGGUAGGCCAGGGGCCAGGGUCUGUUUGUCUGUAAUAAACUGUGUAUUUUGCCAGAAAA